AUGAAUCUUUUCCAGGAGAUCUUGCCGGGCAUUCGAAACAUCCUUAGCAAUGCUUCGGCCUUCCAAAUUCAGGCACUGCUGAACCUCAUGUCAGAAGAAGGUGUCAUCUCCAAGGAAUACCACCAGACCUUGCUCCAUGAAAAAGACAGAGAAGAUCUAGCAAGGAAGAUUUGUUUGACCCUGGUCGGAAAGCAGGAUGUGUGCCUGGAAUCUUUUGCUUCUCACUCUUGUUUGCAGUUCUGUGGCAACAACCAAGAAGGUGCCUCUGAAGCUAAAUCAGCCAGGACUAGAAGCUUGGGUCACACCACGAUGGGGUCAGGGAUUCUGCCUGCAAAGGGGUACCUGGACUUGCUGCACAGUGACGUGGACCCGCUACUUCUGUAUAGAAACAUCGAAGAUGACCUUCCCGCAGGCCACACUCCCGACACCAGCAUCUAUGACCCGGACAACAACCCAGAUCUCUUUUACACGGUGGAAAGCGGUGAGAGCGGGGAAGAGGUCUGCUUGUGUUCCAGUACUGGAGAAGCCUAUGAGAAAAUCGCUGAACUUGCAGAAUAUUUGCUGAAAGACCAACUGGAAGAACCAGUGGAAGACCUUUUUGGAAGAUUUGUUGAUGCUGCAACCGAAGGUUGUUCAGAGCCAAAGACGCAAGCAUACCCCCCGGGUCAGUGCUCCAGGAGUACCAGCACAGCGACGUUCCCCCUGGACAUGUCUACAGCUGAGGCCAUCUGUCUUCCCAACUUCCACGUGCAGUUUUCCGUGACCACCAUAACGCCUGCUGGGAGACUUCCAAAGAUAUUCAACCCUUCUGAUUCGGCCCUUCAUACAAAAGGCAUUCAGAUGAUCUUGGCCUUUUUGCCGCCUUCUCCACAGGUGAAUUUGCCUUUUGGACCAACAGUAUCUGACAUUAACAGCUGCCUUGCUGAAGAUGCAAUUGAUGAUGGAUCUCAAAUCCCACCUCUUCAUUCUGACAAAGUUCACAAAAGACCAGAGCUCGUGGAUAACUUUUCCAUAGGGUUGAAAACCUCCUUCGGGGACAAGUGCAAGUUCGUGUCCACAGAGCGAGAUAUCCCCAUGGAACACCUCUACAUUGAAGGCAAUGUAGUGCAACAUCAUGCUGAAAACCGGAGUGGGAGAAAUGCUGACCUGAGGGUCUGUGACCUCGAAGAGAAGGAGAAGACAACAGUGAAGAGGCUGUUCGAGAUAGUCGAGAAGAACGAAGUCGGAGCCAAUAAAGUCAUUGUCAUCUUGGGGAAGGCAGGGAUGGGGAAAAGUCUUCUUGUCCAAAAGAUCUGUCUUGACUGGUCCAAGGGCAGGUUUGCCAGAUUUGAGUUUGUUUUCCGGUUUGAUUGCUGGAGGCUGAGCUUGCUCCAGGGGAAACACUACAGUCUGAGACAGCUGCUCUUUGAGUUCUCUGUUGACCCUCAAGAAGGAGAGGACCAAGUCUACCGAUAUCUACUGCGGAACCCAGAGAAGGUCCUCCUUAUCUUUGAUGGCUUUGAAGAAUUGCAGGAUCUGGAGGGCUUCUCCCCUUGUUCAGAUAGCCCAACCCGUAAGGAGGCCUGGGGCAUCGGAGCAGUUUUAGCUGGCCUCUUCCAGAAGAAGAAACUCAAUGGAUGUGUCAUGUUGCUGACUUCCCGGCCCAAAGAUAAGUUGCAUCAGUAUUUACCCAAGGUGGACAAGAUCCUGGAAGUGGUGGGGUUCUCCUCACAGCAAGCUGAAGCCUACUUGGCCAGGUACUUUGAAGGAGCCUCAUACUGCACAGAUGCAGUGGAACUCAUUAAAAGCUCUCCUUAUCUUUUCAGCCACUGUUACAAUCCUGAUCUGUGCAGGAUCAUUUGCUUUGUGUGCAAAUCUGCAUUUGAAUCAGGAGAUAGAGAACUACCUUCCAAUCUCACUGGCCUGCUGGUAAAAUUCCUCCUUCAAAAGCUUGAGUGCACAAUGGAUGAAGAAACCUCCCCAAAGCUCCAGAGCAUCCUCAUCUUAGCCCAGGUUGCGUGGUCUCUCGGACAAGGUCAGCCAAAUACACCAAUGAGCCAUCAGUUCCCCCCUCUCGAAGCCAGGAAGCUGGCUUUGCAAUGCGGGAUAAUGGUGCCCUUGGCAUCAAGCGAGGGCAGGGAAGAAUGCAGUUAUGCAUUUUCCAGUUUUGUGGUCCACAAUUUCUUGGCAGCCUUACAUUUGGUUUUCAACAAGGAGAUUAAGGACAAAAAACUUACCAAGCACCUUUGGGUACUGUCCAAACCAAAAAGGUUUCUCUGCUCAUGGGACUUGGUGCCUCGCUUCCUGGCUGGCUUGCUCUUCAUCCAGGAUGACCUAAGAUCUUCCUUCCUCUUCAGAGAGGAAGGGGAGGUGGACACUGAGCAAAUGAUUGCCAAGAAGCAGAAAAGCCUCUCCAAAUACAUCCGGAAACUUGAGAUAAGCAAUCUCAGCCCAGACAAGCUACUGGAGAUCUUCCACUGUGUCCAGGAAACAGAAGACCCAUUUCUUUUGCAGCAUUUGGCACUGAGGGUCAGGCCGGCCCUCUCUUUCCUUGGCUUCCCCUUCACACCUCCUGAUGUGCACAUUCUGCAUUCUGUCUUAAGAAAAGCCACAAAGGAAUUUGCCUUGGAUCUGAGAAGGAGCUCUGUUGGUUCGGAAGGACUCAGGCAUUUGGUCUGCCUUAAGAAUGUCACAUCGUACAGGGCAUCACUUGGGGAAGCAGUGCAGCUCUGGGAAUGCCUCUGGGGAACGACAGCAGGAGAGCAGCUGCAGUCAGCCAUUAAGAAAUUUAUCAUCAAUCCAUUUAAAGCACAGACAGUGAUGGACGUGGAUGACCUCUCUGCUCUCGUGCGUGUGCAGGAAAAAAUGAGCCCCAGCAAGGCCGGCUCUUCUGACUGCAACGUCCAUGUGAUUCCGGCUGUCACAAAUCUUCGACACCUAGAAUUUGCAUUGGGACCUACCUGUGGCUUGAAAGGAUUCAAAAAAUUGGUAGACAUUCUGGAUGCAUUUCCAGCUCUCCAGCAUUUGGACUUAGAUUCUCAAAAGGAAAACAGAAUAGGAGAUGAAGGAGUGGCAGCCCUCAGCGACGUCCUUCCUCACUUACGCUCCCUGGAAACACUGAACUUGUCACAGAACAAGAUAACUAACCUAGGAGCAGAGAAGCUAGCCAAAGCUCUUCCUUCUCUGCCUUCAUUGAGGACGCUUAGCCUGUACAAUAACAGCAUUGGUGACACUGGAGCAGAAAACUUUGCAAGAAUACUCCCGGGAUUGACCUCUUUGAGAGUGCUGAAUGUUCAGUGCAACAAGAUAACAGCUGCUGGGGCCCAGUGCCUGACUGACAGCCUGAGAAAAUGCCCCCAUGUGCAGAGUGUGGCAUUGUGGAACCCCACUAUUCCUCACGGAGUUCUUGAGCAUCUUCAGCAUCUGGAUUCUCGAAUCAGAUCACUUUAAGAGCCAGAAAAUCCAGGUGAUAAGGUUGGGCCUACACUGAGGACCCUCUUGCCUUCGAUAUUAAACUGCACUGUUGCUGGCUCCAAUAAGGAGACGCUGAAUUCCCUUGUCCCAUCCUAUAAUUCAUCAAGGAGUAUUGGUGGAGCUGGCACUUAAGGUCCCACUGAAAACGGUGUUUUUAUUUUCAAAAUAGGAACACUGUCAUUCUUCCAGCACUCCAGCACGAUAGGGGCAGAUUCCUAAGGAGGAACAGAGGAAAAAGCCAGUGGUGGGGAGGUGGGUUCCUGAGCUUCAAAUCUCCCAUACCUGAUAAACCAACCCUUUCUACAGCUCUAUGCAUUUCAUUUGAUUCUCCAGCACAGGAAGAGUGCUGGGACCCCCAGUCAUGUCCAGGAUCAGGGACAGGAACAUUGCUAAAUUCUGAUGAGUAAAACGGGACAAAUUUCAAGUGAUGGCCUUUCUAGGAAACCUGUCCAGCUGCAGUUAAGAGGGUUUGUGGCUGGACAAAGCGUGCGAGGCUGUGAUCCAGAAAGGCCACCCUUAUAUGCUGCUCUGCCCCCUUCUUACUCAUAGUGCAAAAAGUGCUUUCAGUUUGGGACAUUUUAAGCCGUGUCGGGAAGUCUGGUUAGGAAGCCAUUAAAAAGUGUGUUUUGUGACUUGAUGGACAUCCUUCCCAGGCAGACAAGAAAUUGACGUUGCAUAUGGUACUUCAUCAAUGAGAGAACGUUAUUCCAUAUUCUGCUGCUUAUCCAAGAACCUGCCUGCAAACCAGAGCAAGGUAUGCCUGGGUGCCAAAGGUCAAGGCCAGCCAGGGACACUCCAUGACCUUUUAAAAACUCUUUGGAGUCAGGCAGCUGCUCCUAAUGAAGUUGGGAAGUUUGAUUUGUCAACGAGCUGGCUGGAGCAAUAUUCUAGUUAACUGCUUCUCUUGACAUGGCCUUCAAAGUUCCAGGGGCCUCAUUCCUUUUGCACCAGUUCUGUAAGUGCUCUUUGAGAUCUCUGUUUUUAGGAUUCUCCUAACCAUGGCCUUGUUUCGAUCAAGUGCCUUCCUCCCUUUCCCAUAAAUCCUGGACCUACUGCUAAACCUCUCAGGUGCAUCCAGGAUGCAAUUCAAUAAUAUUUUUAAUUAUCUGAGUUGUCUAAAAUACAAAAUUCACCUAAGUGUAUCUGGAGUCCAACUUGUCAGAUAUUGUCCAGUGAGGGUUCCUAUACUGUGUACUGCUUUUGUUUUAAUAUGUUGUGAUACUGUUUGACCACUGUGGAUCCCACCUGUAAAAACGACCAGGGCAAGCUGUACCAUACUAUUGUACUGAUCAAAACUACUGUACUAUUUGUAUAAUUGUUGAGAAAUGUAUGUAUAUUAAAUAUUUUGGAUGACCACUUUUAAAAACAUU